GAUGCCCAGCUGCCCUGCGUCUGACGUCACGGCGCUGGAGUGAGAGGGGGCGAUGAGAGGAAGCUGCAAUAAACACACAGGGCGUCUGCGCCUAUCUAAGUAGGACAAUAAAGUGAAAACGGCAUCAAUGCUCUAACAAUGGAUUUGUCAGAUAUGCUUGUUCUUAAAGUUUUCCUCUUCGUGUACUUACUAAACUACACCCAAGGCCACUAUAGAAAUCCCCUGAACAAGUACAUCCGUCACUAUGAAGGCCUGUCCUACGAAACAGAGCUUGUGCACAGCAAGCAUGAGAGGGCCAAGAGGGCGCUCUCUCAUGAAGACAAGUUCCUUCAUUUAGACUUUCAUGCCCAUGGAAGGCAUUUUAAUUUACGUAUGAAGAGGGAUACCACCUUGUUUGCCCAAGAUUUGAAGGUGGAAGUUUCAGGAGAAGAGAUUCCAUUUGAUACCUCUCAUAUCUACACUGGAGAAAUCUACGGUGAGAAAGGUACACUGACUCAUGGCUCCAUUGUGGAUGGUAAGUUUGAAGGCUUCAUUCAGAGCUACCACGGCACCUACUACGUGGAGCCUGCUGAGAGAUACCUGGGGGCCAAAGACGUGCACUUCCACUCAGUCAUCUAUCACGAAGACGACAUACACUAUCCGCACAAGUACGGCCCAGAGGGAGGCUGUGCUGAUAGCUCAGUGUUUGAAAGGAUGAAGAGGUACCAAGCCUCUGCCGUAGAGAAGCCACCCAAGGAGCUCCACACUGAGGCGGGCUCUAAUGACCCUGUGUUGCUGAGGAAGAAGAGGAUGGCCCAGGCUGAGAAAAACACCUGCCAGCUUUUCAUUCAGACUGACCACCUCUUCUACAAGUACUACAAGACCAGAGAGGCCGUCAUUGCUCAGAUCUCCAGUCAUGUCAAGGCCAUCGAUGCCAUCUAUCAGGGCACAGACUUCAUGGGCAUUCGCAACAUCAGCUUCAUGGUGAAAAGAAUCAGAAUAAACACCACUAAUGAUGAGAGGGACAGGUCCAACCCGUUCCGCUUUGCCAACAUCGGGGUGGAGAAGUUCCUGGAGCUGAACUCGGAGCAGAACCAUGACGACUACUGCUUGGCUUAUGUUUUCACCGACAGAGACUUUGAUGACGGGGUGUUGGGUUUGGCCUGGGUGGGAGCCCCUUCAGGGAGCUCCGGGGGCAUCUGUGAAAAAAGCAAGCUAUACUCAGACGGCAAAAAGAAGUCUCUCAACACUGGUAUAAUCACUGUACAGAACUAUGCCUCCCAUGUACCUCCAAAAGUCUCUCAUAUCACUUUUGCACAUGAAGUAGGACACAACUUUGGCUCCCCGCACGACUCUGGAUCUGAGUGCACCCCAGGAGAAUCCAAGAGCCAAGACAAGAAGGAGAAGGGCAAUUAUAUCAUGUAUGCAAGAGCUACAUCAGGAGACAAGCUCAACAACAAUAAGUUCUCAAUCUGUAGCGUGCGCAACAUCAGCCAGGUGCUGGAGAAAAAGAGAAGCAACUGUUUUGUCGAGUCUGGCCAGCCCAUCUGUGGUAAUGGCCUGGUGGAGCCAGGAGAGGAGUGUGACUGCGGCUACAGUGAUCAGUGCAGGGACCAGUGCUGCUAUGACGCCAACCAGGCUGACAACAAGAAGUGCAAAUUAAAACCCAACAAAGUCUGCAGUCCCAGCCAGGGUCCUUGUUGUACUGCUGAGUGCUCUUACAAGGGUCGUAAUGAGAAGUGCAGAGAGGAGUCAGAGUGCGCUCACCAGGGCAUGUGUAACGGAGUCAGUGCCCAGUGCCCCACAUCUGAGCCCAAGGCCAACUUCACCGCCUGCCAUGGAGAGACUCAAGUCUGCCUCAACGGGGGCUGCUCUGGCUCCAUCUGUGAGAAGUAUGGGCUUGAGGCAUGCACCUGUGCCAGCCAGGAUGGCAAGGAUGAAACUGAGCUAUGCCACGUGUGCUGCAUGGAGAAGAUGAAUCCCAACACGUGCAGCAGCACAGGAUCAGAGCGUCUGGCUCGUUUCUUCAAUAAGAAAGUGACCACGCUGCCAGCCGGCUCGCCUUGCAACGACUUCAAGGGCUACUGCGACGUGUUCAUGAAGUGCCGUCUGGUGGAUGCAGACGGACCGCUGGCCAGGCUGAAGAAGGCCAUCUUCAACCCAGAGCUCUAUGAGAACAUUGCAGAGUGGAUUGUGGCCCAUUGGUGGGCAGUGUUAUUGAUGGGUAUUGCCCUCAUCAUGCUCAUGGCUGGCUUCAUUAAGAUCUGUAGUGUGCACACACCAAGCAGUAACCCCAAACUUCCCCCUCCCAAACCACUUCCAGGCACUUUGAAGAGGCGGCGAGCACAGCAGCAAGCUAACUCCCAGGUGCAGCACCAGUCUCAGCACCCGCAUGCCCACCAGCACGGACACGGUGGACACGGCGGGCACGGCGGGCAUGGCGGCCAGCGGCAACCCCAGAGGCAGCCUCAGCGGCAGGCACAGCCCCAGAGGCACCACCGUCAGCCUAGAGAGAACUAUCAGAUGGGCCAGAUGAGACGCUGAGACCUUGCACCCCUCCCCUCCCCCAAUGCCUUGGCUCCUCCUUGUGCCUACAGUGGGAAACAAAAGCGUCACUCCAUCCAAAGAAAAGCCUGACAUGGUUGUUAGUCAUCAUCAUAUCCUCCAUCUACAGACAAAACAGACACGUGAAAAAGAGAAAACACUAUCUAGCAACUCGGUUGGCUCUUUGUGGAGUGGACUCCACCAUCAGCCAUUUCCAAUGCAGUGCGAUCUAGCAUCUUUUUCCACCCUUUAUUUUUCUUUUUGUAAGGAGUGCCAAGGAGUUAAGGAAUCAUGUGUAGUUUUAGUACAUUCUGUGAUGUGUUUUUUGUUCUAUUGCAACGUCUUCUUGAGUGACACGCCCGUGGCUGCUGGUGAAUUGUUUCGUGCUUUUCUUUUCGCCAUUCUAGCCUGGAUUGAGAGACACUCAGUGGGGAUGUGCGGCACUUUUGUGAUUUACACAUGUCAAACGGCAAAAGACACAGGCUCCGGUCUCUCGUGCAGACAGUCUUCUGCAUGUGACUGUACAUAUUUAGUGUAUCAUAAGUGAAAACAAACUAUUUCUUCUACUGUAAAUGUGUAAUUCUUCACUUUUUUUCUUUUAUUUUUCGGUUAGUGCUCUCAGGACUCUUAACACAUAAUUGAAGGAAUGAUGGUUGUGAUGAGUUCCUUGGACGUUGCUGUUGAGGAUUUGACGCCAUCAAGUUCUCUUCGCAGUCGUCCAAUCAGGUGGAUCUCUUUCACUUUCAUUAGAUUGCUAGAUUUCGAAUUUUGAACAAGAAGGUCACCAUAUCCCAUUUUUCAGGCCUUCUUUGUUCAAGGUCCCCUUUUUCAUCUUUUUUUUUAAAUUUGUCUUGCUAAAAUCAUGUUUUGCUCAUGUUGUGUAACAAGCUAGAUGAGGUAAACAGUCAUGGGAACAGAAAGGGAAGAUCUCCUCGUUUGGUACACCUUUUUAUUGUCUUUACCGAUUUUUGUUUUUGAUAAUGAAGAAUAAAUAACCACUAACUGAAGCUGAUGAUGAUUCUACCUGUUCAGAUAUGAAGAGGAGGGCAAGUGAAGGAUGCUGUGGCUUAGUUAAGAAGUGAGAGUGUAUCAUGUUACAGUUAGUUUACAUGAGUGUGGAAAUAAAUUUAAAAAUGACUCCAGUGUGGAUGUACAAAAAAAAGAAGAUUAAAUCAUUCUAUUAUUCUUCCGAUAGCAAAUCUAAGAACUUUUCAAUGUGGGCAUGCAGACACAUUUAUUAAAUGUGACUAUUAAUUGACCAAGGUCUGUAAUAUUUGUAUGUCACUCAACACUAUUUACUUUGACAGCUAUUAAUGUCUUAAAACAAGUGCACGGAGUAGUGUAACGCACUUGCAGUUUGUCCUGGUCAGAUUUCAUCAUGGACUGAAUCCCCUUAAGAGCUCAUGAGUGCAGGCCUCAGUGUGAGUUUACAUCAGCGUGCCAUAAAACUUUAUACAGCUGAUCUUUGUGCACAGGUUUUAUAAAAUACAGGAAGCACCUGUAACAUUUCUGGAGCCACUUUAAAUGGAAGAAAUGAAGGAGUUGUGAUCUCAGGUGUUUUCUUCCUCCCCUCGCUGCAGCAUAGCAUGAGGGGCAUUUUGGAAAAUGAUAGCAUGAUAAUAUUAACUGAGAGGAUAUGAUAAUCUGGUCAAGAUAUGUUGUGCAAAAUCCCAGGAAUUAUUUACCGUGCAAACAUUUCACCCACCAAUAGUAUUUGGCAAGUGGGGGAAAAGUUUGCCACAGACAAAAAAAACUUUGGGCAUUUUGCAUCAUAUAUUUGGCAAGGGACGUUUUUUUGUGCUCUGACUUAAUUUUAUCCUGGCAUUUUUAUUUUUAAAUGCAUGCAAUACUAAUCACAACUAAUAUCUCACAACACUGUCAUUAUGGUUGUAAUAAUCACACAUGUGCUCUGGAGGGGACAUUAAAAAUAAUGUGUCUCACAGUUUAUUUCAUGCGACAGAUGAAUUAGGCAGGUCGGUGGUUGCUAUAACUUCUCAUGUCUGUACAAAAUGGAGGUCUUUUUAAAUUUCAUCUUCUAGGCUGGAUCUCGUCUCUUAAGCCUAGAGAAUUUACAUGUAAACUUGUACAAUACUUCGAAAAUUUGCAUUUCAUUUGAAAAUGAAAACUACAUUUUGAUACAUCCGUUUCAUUUUUUGUAUUCUAAUUCCAGAGUAAGUUGUUCAAAGAUGUUCAUAUGUGACAAACUUUCCUUUCUUCUAAGUUAUUUAUGUUCUUAUAUGUGCUAGUUGAAAUGGAGUUUGUUUAUGAUACUUUUCUCCACCAUCAUCAAUGGUAAAAACAAUUCAGGGUGAUGGAGUAAACGUUACAUUUUAAUUUUUGUCUUCGUUAUCCUGUGGCAUGGUUUGGGUAGAAGAGCAGAAGAAUAAUGCCUGUAAAUUUACUUUCUUUUUAAUUUCGUAGUCUUGGUAAAAAGUUUUUAGAUAAACGUGCACUGAAAAUGUCCAAAUUGAGUUGAAAUGUUGUAGGUGAUGUAGGCCGAAAGAACACAAGAUUAAAAAGUAAUACUACUGUCUGAUUUUAAUGUUCACUGUGUUUUAUACAGUAUCGGAAAUUUUUGUUCACUUUGAACAUUUUUACUAAAAAAAAAAAAAGAUUUCAAAUUGUAUUGUGCAAAGAGAUGUAAUUUUUGGAGUACUUGAAAUGCAUUAAUUAAAAGAUUCGUUCAAAAUAAAAUAGACCCCUGUUUACUGUC